CCAAACGGUGCUGGGGGGCUGGAGGAGUGCUGGCGUCAUGGUGAACAAUGUUCCGGAAGGUCAAAAAGCAUCGCAGCAGCUCCCAAAGCAGUAAGAUCAGUACCAAGAGCAAGCGAGAUAGAAAGCUGCCGUUUGUACCUAAAGAUGAGGAGAUGGUACUGGGAGUGUCCAAGUAUGGAGUCAACGUGGCCUCCAUGGAUCAGUCUGACAUUCUGCAGAGCCACCCUCUCUACCUGAUUGUGAGGAUGCUGUGUUAUGAUGACGGCCUGGGGUCUGGGAAGAACCUGCUGGAUCUCAAGACCACCGACGCCAAGCAGCAGGAGUGUAGCAUCUGGGUGUACCAGUGGAGCAGCAUGGAACAAGGCCAGGCCAUCUGAAAGGUGUUGUCCGCCUCCUUCGACUGUGUGCUGACAUCAGAGAAGUCCUGAAGAGCAGUUUCCCUAAGGGACAUGAUGGAGAUGGGUAGCCCAGAAGUUGCCCUCGUCAACGUGGUGGAGACAGGCAACACCAUGAAGCAGUCGGGAGCCUGGAAACCAUAGUUUACAGCAGGGUCACAUCAGUGGCGUAGCGCAGUUUUGUGGGGGCCCCCCGCAAGGUCCAAGCAAGGCUCCCGCCCAACCCCAGCCAUGGGACAAAGAGAAAAAUGUGCAGAUGUAUAGCUAAUCUCAUGCUAUUUAACAGAUUUUGCCAUGAGGCUAAGAGAAAAUGUAGCUGUUUUAGAGCUCAGGGAUUCUUGAAAGAUGGGACAAUCUCAACUUUCUUAAAUAUAUAUUUUUGAUAGACCAAAGUAUCAGCUAUCACACCAUGUAAAGGAACAACCUAUUUAAAAAAAACAAACAUGUUUUCAUAAAAUGCAACUAACUGGAUUUAUGUCAACUCUGUCAGACACCAUACAUGGCAUUUCACUUUUACAAUUAUUAUCCAACAAGUGUUUAAAGGCCCUGAUUGUUUAAUUCUAACAUUUGAUUAUUCAAAUUUGUAAUACAAAUCUCCAAAUUUCUUUUUGUUUUGUUUUAUAGCACUAUAUAAUGCUCCAGGGCUAAUUUAGUUAGCAUUUUGGCAUGUUUUUCUACAUUUAGGACAUUAAACAACAUUUAUGAAGCAAACAUUAUCCCUUAGGUCUAGCAUAGCAAUUACUUCAAAUGUUUAAGCAUAUGUUGCAAAGUAGUGAAAUAUUUUUGUUAGAAUAUUGACAACAACAAAAAAUGUAUCUUAAGGGCGUUAGCCAUCAGUGACAGAGUUGUCAAGUCCGUCAGUGGCUUGUUAACUGAUACUCAAAACAGACAUAUUUUUGCCUCUAAAAAUAAAAGUUAAAUAUAAAACAUUUGUAAAAUCUGGAAAAUGGAAAAUCCCCAAUAAGAACAACAUUCCUGUCAUAUCUUUCAGCACUCUGUUGACAUCAGACACAAAUCAGAUGGGAGUUGACAAAAUGUUUAUUUUUGUACUUCAUUCAAGUGGUAUACACAGUAGCAAUUUAGUUUCUCCUCAGUUGCUUUAUAAAGCUCUAAAACCUAAUUAAAUGUAACAUAUUUGAACCAAAAUGAAUAUCCUAUCAGGCAGAUGGCACUGACAGUUCAUGGUUGUUGCCAUGGUGAUUUCAAUGUUGUUUAAAUCUAUAAAAAGUGAACUUUACAGACCAUUAAUGGUCUUGUUGCACUACAUGUAAUGAGGACAUGAAUAAGGGGUCCUUAUGGUAUAGAUGACCCUGCUUAGGAUUUUAGACAAAUCUGACUGAGUUGACGUGUUCAUAUGCUAUCUGGGGGCCCAACGCCCCCUUUGCGGGCGUUGCGUGCUACGCCAGUGGGUCACAUGACUUACCCAGCAUGCUCUGCAACACCUCACACACACCAUCCACCUGUCAGUUGACCAUCAUGAGUAACUUAAUCUUAUUUCAUGUAAAUACAUUCCACAGUACAGGGACCUCAGUGCAUGUCUCCGUCAUGGCUGGACUUGGAAAGGAUGUGGCUGUUUGAAAUCUAGGUCUCCGAUGUCUUCCCUGUGGCUCAGUUGGUAGAGCAUGGUGUAUGCAACGCCAGGGUUGUGGGUUCGAUUCCCACUGGGGGCCAGUACAAAAACAAAUGCAUGAAAUGAAAUGUAUGUAUUCACUACUGUAAGUCACUCUGGAUAAGAGCAUCUGCUAAAUGACUAAAAUGUACAGCAUCCAGAGACUCCAUUGACCUCCUUUAUAAAAGGGGGAAAGUGGUAACCAUGGUACACCAGUCACUAUGACCAUCAUAAAUAUGCUGUAGACCCUCUUACCCCCUCCCUAUAUACACCAAAGGGGUGGUAGCAGGACAUAAGUGUUUGUGCCUCUCAUCCCUCUCCUAUACUCCCUUGGUCCCGAUGGGAUUGGAUCAGUUAAUAUUGAAUAAUUAAUGAAAAUGUAUUUUAUUCGAUUCCCUUUUUAUCCUUUAAAACAGUUCAGUUUGUGGCUAGACUGCCUGGUAUUUCAGUAUUCCCGUCAUUCUCUGACUGACUUAUGGGAUGCAUGCUUCCUUCCCAACUCUGGGUCCUCCAAGUUUAUGAAGCAUCUAGCCAGGCUCUGUGUUUAUUUGUGUAGGAAUGACCAUGAGGUACCAAAUGACCCUGGUGUUAUGCAGCGUUCACUUGCUAGUCGUAAAUAGUCUCUAAAGCUGCAAUGCUUAUAACCCGCGAUCAGAUUGAAUCCCGGCCUAAGUCUAUAAAGAGUAACCUAGCUCUGUAAUGUUGUGGCUGGUAUAUGUAGACCACAGGCGGCCGGUGGUACCUUAAUUGGGGAGGACGGGCUCUCAGUAAUGGCUGGAACAGAAUAAAUGUAAUGGUAUCAAACACAUGGUUUUAAUACCAUUCCAACCAUUAUUAUGAGCAGUCCUCCCCUCAACAGCCUCCUGUGUUAUAUACAGUAUUCCUUUUGAUCUGACUCUAAUGUCGCGUUCACAUGCUAGAAAUGGGAAACUCAAAAAUGUCCAACUUGCUAACUGGUUGAAUGUGACACGUGUAUAACUAUAACCAGUUAGCAUGUUGGAAAUAUGAGUUUCCUAGUUCCAAUUAAGCCAACAUAUGCAGCGUUAACCGUAAAGGUAAUGUUCGGCGCACGUGGGAACAUUGCUUUUAAAAACAGCGAUGCCUGUAAUCCACGACGUGAUUAAGGCGUAAGGCCGGGAUUCAGAGUUCACUGUGUAUGUAAACCUUUAGUGCGGUCGUAUGGCUCCAGAACAUAUGAUAAUAGCAGAAAGUUGAGAACCAUGGAGAUAUGAUUGGGCUGUAUUGGGUUUGACCAUUCUCCACCAGAGGGAGCUCUUCAUUCAGUGUACUGUCCAGAAAUUUACCAAGCUAGUAGUCUAGCACUCUGGAUUUCUCCAAUCACAUACUACACAUUUACACCCUGAGAACAUGGUUUUAGAAGCGACAACAUUAUCAUAAAUACAAAAUAAGUAUUUGACCUGAAUAGAGGGGAAAAACAGGAAUGAUUUUAUUAUUCCAGUAUCAGUUUUCCAUUUAUUUUGCAGAAUAGGUUAGAGUCAAUGCACUGAUCCACAGUCAAUGAGCGUGAAUGGAAUAGAUUCUCUGCUAGUCUACAUACACACUGAACACCAGCUAGAACACAAUAUGGCAACCACACUUUACCACAGUGCAUUAAGAGCAGGGCUGAGGUAAAUUUGAAUUGAAGUUAACUUAAAUAACAACAAAAAAUCUUUAGAAAAAAACUGCUUCUAUUGUCAAUGACUCCUCAAUAAAAUGAGGAAUAAAAGCUAUUUCAAACAUU